CGCUCGAACAGAAACGCAACACGAACACAACAACACGUGCAGCGGUGGUGGAGGUCGAGGUGCUUGUGACGACGUAAUUUGUGACCUUUGUGACCUAUUACUGACCUUCCCGUGACUCGGAGGGCAGAAGCACGGCGACAUGACUGAGGGAAGCAAGGAGGAUGACACCAGCGCCACCAUCGCCUCGGACCUGCCUAGGGGCGUGGCUCUCCUGGGGGACUUGACUGCCAGCCUGCAGCAAGCCCAGGCCGCCCUAGACACCCUGGCCCAGCGCAUCAAGGACGGCCACCUCCCCACUGCCAAGGGCAUCAGUUUGCUGGAGCUGAAGAACCAGACCUUCCUUUCCUAUCUAGCCAACCUUACCCAUGUCACACUCACUAAGCUGAAGGGGAGCAAGAUUGAGGGAAGCGCUAAUGUAGACCGGUUAGUUGAAUUACGAGUGGUGCUUGAAAGACUGCGGCCACUGGAGGACAAACUCAAGUAUCAGCUGGACAAACACGUCAAGGCAGCCACCGAAGGGGAGGUCAGCGCUGACGACCCCUCGCGACUCAAGGGUGACCUGGACAACAUCGGGUCAACUUCAGAGGAGGAGGAUGAGGAGGAGGAGGAGCAGGGUGGCAAGAAGAAGAAGAAGAAGGAUGGUGAUGAUAGUGAUGAUGGGAAGAUUUAUAAGGCUCCCAAGAUCUCGCAGAUGAAAUAUGACUUAGAGGACGGAAAGGAGCGUGCCAAGGAUAGGGUGCGGCGCGAUGCCCUGUACUCCAGCACCCUGAGGGACGCCAUCGAGGGGCUCACCGAGGACCCGGAGGUGGUGUACAAUCAGGACGUCCUCAAGCAGAAGGCCAUCAGGAAACGCAGGGAGCUGGAGGAGUACGAGGAGGCCAACAUGAUCCGCAAGCAGCUCACCAAGAAGGAAAGAGCUGCCCACCGUCAGAUCACCACCCUGGGCACUAUGGGGGGUGAAAUUCUUGGCUUCACCUCCCUUGAUCCGCUGCAUGAGUCUGCCGCCACAGAGGAGCCGGCCGCAAAGAGGAUGAAGACGGGAGGCUCCAAAGGGAAGAAGGGGAAGAAAGGGGUAAGGGGGAAGAAAGGGUUCAAGAAGAGAAGAAAACACUAGCAGAGGUUUCAAGGAGGUGUCCCAUUGCCUGCCUGCUUGCCUGCAUGUGUACGUGCAUAUGUGUGUUAGGUAAGGGUGUAGCUUGGGCUGUAGCUGUAGGGUAUGGUGUGUCAGAGAGAGAGAGAGAAAAAUGUGUGUUUAUGUGUAUGUGUGUGUGUGUAUUUGUAAGAGUUUGGUCAAAUAAAUAUUUUUUUUUGUA